AUGCGUUCUCCCCCCUCUCCGUCUGCAAUGCCUCCUCAUCCAUUUCCCUCCUAUUCCACUUCAAUCCCUCCUAUUACCAUUAGCCUAAGAUACAUCUCUCUCCUGGAUCUUUGGAAAAGUCGAUUCGAGCCUGGUGGUAGUCACGGCGGUCUUCUGUACUUCCGCAUCUUUGAUAUUAGAGAAGAUGUCAAAAAUGUUGGGGCUUUUGAAAGUGCUAUGAAAGUAUCUUCAAUCGCUCACCCCACAGACUAUCCAGUGAAGUCUGUGAAGUGCGUAACAGGCGAAUGCUUGCAAAUGUUGGCCACAAAAGGAAUGGAAUAUGCAGAUGACGUCCUCAAGUCCAGAGACGAUCUCUGUCUGCUAGCAGUUCGUGUGGCACAAAAUGAGCGGUUGAAGCACUGGGCAUCGGAUCGCCUUCUCCUAGAUCUUCUCAGUAACUCGGUUGCAGCAAAUUUCUCCAACCAAAUAGAUCGAAAAGAAAAGUAUUUAAACUCCCGAAUCAAAUCUCCAUGUCAUUUUGCCAAACAAUUUGUUGACACCAGAGGCUACUUUCAGUAUAAUUUAACUCUAAGAAUGACUACUGCUUAA